GGUCCGUUUUCAGGAUAAGAGGCAUAACUAAGUCAAACAUCUACCACACAACAUGAAGUCGUUUGUGAUUUUCGCCGCUGCACUCGUAUGUGUACAAGCCGUUCAACUGCCAGUGAUAGUCUCCCGUUCUUCCGAAUCCAGCGAGGAGGAAUAUAGCGUACUCUUGCCAGCUAAAGGUCAACGCCCUGUCAGCCUACCGGGUGUUGGCGUUGUUAAUCAGCCUGUUUUAGAAGCAGUUAAGGUGAAGGUGCCAACCUAUGCAAGUCCAGAAACUAAGCAACAACUCAUCACACAAGCCUUAGCUGCGCGGGGCCAUAGUGCAGCACAACCCUUAGUAGCGGAGACAACCAACGUGGAUCAGGAGCAAGUCUUGCUGGUGCGUGAACGACGUGCAGUGCCUGUUGUUACAACCGCAGCCAAUAAAAUGGUCUCAGAAGCCACAACUGCAGCUGGCGAGGUCUCAACUAGUAAAGUGACUGAGAUGCCACGAGUUGGAAGCGUCACAAAAGCACCCGUCGUGGCCGCAGUUCCUGUUGGUGUUUAUACAUUUGAAUGGAAUCACAAACACUUCAGUACGAAACAUACUGAGGAAAAGAACAUGAGGGUGCUAGUGAUAUUUACCGCAGCGCUGCUAUGCGUCCAAGCAGUUAGAGUGCCGUAUAUCAUAUCAGAAUCCAGCGAGGAGGACUACCACAUACUCUUGCCGCCUAAUAAGAAAGGACACGUGAAUUUGCCAGGUGUGGGCAUAGUGAAUCAUCCCGUUAUACAGGCGGUUAAAGUGAAAGUGCCACGCUAUGCAGAUCCUUUACUUAAACAACAAAUUAUCGAAGAGUUUCUAGCCGCACAAGGAUUGGAUCCGAAAGGUUUUGCCGGUCAAAACUUAGACGCUAAAGAAAUUAAGGCGAAAAAUGUGGCUGCAGAUAAUUUGAAUGCACGUAACUUCAAUUUAGAAAACUUAUACAAUCUAGGUUUGGACCUGCAGUACGCAAAUGCGCCGCGAAAUGUAGCCACACAACCUACCGAGCAAAAGUCUACUAAAACCGCUAACGAGCCAUUUUUGCUAUAUGCGCUCGCGCCGGUGCGCAAUCGACGUCAAAUUGAGGUAGGGAGCAGCACUACAUCACCCUUAGAUACCACAACAGUACCUGAUGUAAUCGAAACAAGUACAAUUACUGAGUUACCAGCGAUGGAGGGCGUUACAGAAAUGUUGGAUGCCGUAUCGCCGGUAAGCAGCACUGAAUCACCGAUAACAACAACUUUACCACCACCAGCACCAGUACCACUUUUUGGUUUCGGUUCUUUAUUGCCAGCUGAAGUCUCACGCGUAGCUUUCGUGCCAAGAAUUCCUAUGGCCACGCCACCAUCAAUCAGCACUACUGAGGGACCAGACAAUGUACCGCAACCAACAAUAGUCGUCCACAAUCGCUUUGCACGCGCGGUGCCCUCCAAUAUCCAAGAUCAUACGCAGUUAACCAAAGCAACACCUGUGCCACCGGUGCCUCAAAUGGAUUUGCGUGGUCCGAAAAUGUCCGAUUUGGCACGUUCGCGUAAAUUGCGUGCUGCUGCUGACGUGACUGUUGACACAACACCAGCACCCAUGGAUGGCGCAGUGGUUGCGAAUCAGAAGAACACAACUGAGCCGAAUUGCGAUAUUGAGUGCACCAAAUUUGACUUGAAUCCCGUUUGUGCUUUUAAUGGCGAGUGCUACCACGAAUUCGCCAAUCAAUGCGUUAUGGAUACAUUCCUGUGCAAACGUCCAGAUUUGGGUUUCAAGGCAACGCCGGGAGAACGCUGCACAAUGCAUUGGCUCAAGCGUUGUAAUGCGGAGCAGCUGAAAAUGGAAUAGUGGGUGGGUAGCUGGAGUUAAGAAAUUUGUCGAUUUA